AUGUCUGCCCCUGUUAUCCCCCCCGGUGGCACCAUCGUGCAGACCUUUAGGCGGUCGUUUGUCGAUGUCCCCCUCGACGCUGAUAAGGGCAAUGCAAUCGCUACCACCGAGUUUCUCGAUGCCGCCGAGUCGCUGACCACUAUGUUUGAUGUCAUGGGCUCUGUUGCCUUUUCCCCCGUAAAGUCCGACAUGCUCGGCAACGUCAAGAAACUGCGUGACCGCCAGCUUGCUGCCCCCGCCGAGUCUGAAAACAUCCAGGAUCUUUGCCGAAACGAGCUCAAGACUAAGAAGCAUACUGCCACCGAAGGUCUGCUCUGGCUUGUCCGCUCCAAUGUCGCCAAGCCCUCUGAGGAACUCGCUGAUUCCUUCCGCGGUGCCUAUGGUCAGACCCUGAAGCCUCACCACAGCUUCCUCGUCAAGCCUGUCUUCAGCGCUGCCAUGAGCGCCUGCCCCUACCGCAAGGACUUUUACGCCAAGCUUGGUGAGGAUCCCGACAAAGUUCAGGAUGAUCUUCGUGUUUACUUGGCUGCGUUGGAGAAGAUUGUUGGUAUUUUGAAGGGUUUCUUGGACAGCAAGGAGGCUAAGUGGUAG